AUGGCCAACCUCGGCGUCCCCGUCAAGCUCCUGCACGAGUCGCUGGGCCACAUCGUCACGGUCGAACUCAAGAGCGGCGAGAUGUACCGCGGCAAGCUGAUGGAGGCCGAAGACUGCCUCAACAUGGCCAUGCGCGACAUCACCGUGACGGCGCGCGACGGACGCGUGUCCCAGCUCGAACAGGUGUACAUCCGUGGCAGCAUGAUCCGCUUCAUUAUCGUGCCCGACCUCCUGGCCAACGCGCCCAUGUUCAAGCGUGUCGGCCCCAACGCUAUGCGCGGGCGCGGUAUCGGUGCCGCUCGUGGGCGCGCCACUAUCCAACGAGCCAACGCUCGCCGCGGUGCGCCGCGCAGCCAGGGUGUCCGCCGUUAG